AUGUUUGGGCCAUGGAUGGCGUUAUGGGCGUGGCUCAAAGGGAUCUUUCCUAACCAGAAGUCCUUUUCGAAGCCCCAUUUCAACUUUAUUACAAUUCAUUAUAUUUACUUGAUCUCCCUGUCACUCAUUGGCUCCGUCAUGCUCUAUCCCGCCGGCGGAAUGGCUUAUAUCGACGCUCUCCUCUUCGCAAGUGGCUCAUGCACUCAGAGCGGGUUGAACCCGCUUGACAUAAACACAUUGAAUACAUAUCAACAGGUUGUCAUUUUCUUCCUAGCCUGCAUCUGCAACCCCAUAUUCAUCAAUACCUUUGUCGUCUUCGUCCGUCUCUAUUGGUUCGAGAAGAGGUUCCAACACGUAGUACACGAGGCUAUGACCUUCCGACACACCAGGACAAAAUCGCGGUCGAAAAGCCAGGCAAAGGGCGAACAAGAUGCUGGUAGGGAAGAGGCUGGAGUUGGAGCCCGUGAAAUCAGGGUUCUUCGAGCUUCAGAUGGGCAUGCUCAGGGCAGAAAGAUCGACGAGCAGGUUGAUGGAUUUCGAAAAGUCUUCGACGAGGAGGAGGAGAAAGGGGAGUCUUCCAACGGAGGGUCGUCCAGCGGGCAAGACAAUCUGGUGGGAUCGGCAGAUGAUAUCCCAUUUGGCAAACACGAGAAUGCGUCUGCGACUGAAAUCCACUCCCCUUCCACAUUCCACCGCGACAUAGUCUUCGCGGACGAGCUUAAUCCGAGGGAAAGACCAAGUCAUUUCAGAUCUCUUUCCGGCUUGGAGCGGAUACCGGAGCAGCGAAGCAAGGAGCAGAACAUUGCUUUUGUGGAGAAUCAACGGAAUCCGAGAGACAAAGGGACACUUCGUAUCCCCGGACCUCGAGAUUUCGACCGAGGAGACCUUCCGCAACACCUCAACGAUGAAGAAGCUGCCCUCGACAAACAAAUUUCGAACGAUCAGCCGCAUGGCGUGAGGCGGUCUUUAUCGAGGCCACCGGAGGAGUUGAACGCUGAUGACCACCCCAUCAAGCAGAAUAUCACUAUUAACGAACCAGAUCACCCACGCCGGCCUGGUACUGGGAUAUCGUCGUUGAACUUCAACAAACGCAGCGCAACCACGGGUGAAGAGAGCACAGUCAUGACUCUCCGCCAACGAGCUCGCUCGAGAACGUUCGGCAGCUUUAUGUCGAAGACCGAGGAAGAAAGAGAUCCAAUGCCGUAUUUGAGCUGGACUCCCACUAUUGGCCGAAAUUCUGCUUUCGUGGACUUGACUGAGGAGCAAAGAGAGGAAUUGGGCGGCAUCGAGUACCGUGCGCUCAAACUCCUAGCUCUCAUUCUUGUUGUCUAUUAUGUUGGCUUCCAUCUUCUGGGUAUGAUCUGUCUCUUGCCAUGGGUAGUACGAGAGAAGAAAUACUCUGGUAUUAUCAACGCCGAUGGACAAAACCCGGUCUGGUGGGGCUUCUUUACGCCUGCGUCGAUGUUCAACGACCUUGGCUUCACCCUCACUCCUGAUUCGAUGGUAUCAUUCGGGCAAGCAGUCUUCCCCAUGUUGCUUGGGACCUUUUUAAUUAUCAUUGGCAACACUGGUUUCCCUUGCAUGCUUCGCUUUGUUAUCUGGAUCGUACAGAAGUGUGUCCCCAUGGGCAGUGCGGUAUGGGAGGAAUUGAGGUUUCUCUUGGACCAUCCCAGGCGAUGCUUCACCCUCCUAUUUCCAAGUAGUGCGAAUUGGUGGCUGUUCUGGAUCUUGGUGUUGCUGAACGUUAUCGACCUCGUCUUCUUCAUCAUUCUCGAUCUUAAUGACCCUACCGUCACUUCGCUUCCAGGUGGCUAUCGGUUCCUUGAUGGCCUCUUCCAAGCUGCUUCCACGCGUACCGCCGGCUUCUCUGUCGUUAAUCUCGCUGACCUGCACCCGGCCAUCCAGGUCUCGUACCUCAUUAUGAUGUACAUAUCCGUUUUCCCCAUCGCCAUCAGUAUGCGUCAAACAAACGUCUACGAAGAGAAAUCCCUCGGCGUCUGGUCUCAAGCUGACGAAGAAGACGACCAGCCGAACAGCUACCUCAGUGCCCAUCUCCGCCGUCAACUCUCCUUCGAUCUCUGGUUCGUCUUCCUCGGCUUCUUCCUCAUCGCCAUCAUCGAAGGCGGUCGCCUCGAAAACACAGACGACUACGCCUUCACCCUCUUCUCCGUCCUCUUUGAAAUCGUCUCUGCCUACGGCACCGUCGGCCUUUCCCUCGGCUACCCGGGCGUCAACACCUCCUUCUGCGGCCAAUUCCGCGCGCUUUCAAAACUUAUCAUUGUCGCCAUGCAGAUCCGUGGCAGGCAUCGUGGUCUCCCCUACGCUCUUGACCGCGCGAUCCUGCUACCGAGCGAGAGCCUGCACAAGAAGGAAGACCAGGAUGCGAUGAGACGCGCACGUCGGGGCAGCCACGCUAGCGAGGCGCCGGAUCGUGAGGGCCUCUACACCAAUGGUCCUACGCCUUCCGGGAGAAGGGGCAGCACGUACUCCGCGCACGAUGGGGCCAGCGUGAGCGGCGGGCGGGAGAGGCCGCACGGGCUUAGCCGGUUGCUGAGCCAGGCGUUGAGCGCCAGCCCGACGAUACAGAGGGAGAAACAUGCCUGAUUUUCGGUGUCAGGCAUAGUUUUAUUGUUAUUUUGACGCGUCCUAGCGCGUUUGAAAACGUUUCUCUUUGUUGAAUGGAAUGGGUUGGGUGCUGAGUUUUUUGGCGUUUCUUCAUACAUAUAUAAAAUGGCGGGUUGGUAUGCUGUGUCUCUUUACUGAGGGGUUUGAGCGAUGGGAUCGGGAUAGAAUUUUGAGGGGGUUUUGCGAU